CUAGUGCGGCAACUCUGCUACCCAGCGGAAACCUCCUGCGAAGAUGGGGAAAGUGAGGGCGCUGCGGGCUCGCGUGCACCGGGCGGCCGUGAGGCCCGAUGGGGAGGCUGCACCCGGCCCUGUGCCCUGCGCCUUGGAGCCGGCCCUUCCACAAGCCUCGGCGGGCGGAGCCGGGGUAAAGGCCUGGACAUUAGUUCACAAUGACAUCUUCGCCAGGACGCAGAUAGACCCUAGUGCCUUGGUGCAACGGCUGGAACUGGACCAGAAGAGUGUGGUGUCUCUAAAGAAAGGUACAGAGCCAAAGGCCAUUUUGCCUAAGAAGGAAAAGCUGAGGCUUCGCCGUGAGCGAUGGUUACAGAAAAUUGAAGCCAUAAAGCUGGCAGAGCAGAAGCUCAGGGAGGAACGAAGGCGCAGGGCCAUGGUGGUGGUAGGCGACCUGCACCCCCUGAGGGAUGCCCUACCUGAGCUGCAGGAACUGGAGGCCAGCCGCAGACAGCAGCAGACCACAUGCAGGGCAACCAGCAAGCCCAGGCCAGUGGAGCUUAGCCGGAUGAGCACAGCCCAGAGACAGCAGCUCCUGGAAGAAGAAAGGACCCGGUUUCAGGAGCUCCUGGCCAGCCCAUCCUACAGAGCCAGUCCUCUGCUGACCAUCGGGCAGCAGCUGGCACACCAGAUGCAGCUGGAAGGUGGCAAACAGCUCUGACCAGGACAGCGUGUGCUGUGAGAGCCAAGGGACUUAACGAGUGGUGGGAGGCAGCACAGCUCUGAACCCUGUCCUG